AUGGCAUCGAUAUCAUUUAGUGGCACCAACUAUGGUCUCCAGAUUGGAGUUCACAAUGGUCCGGUCAAUAUGCCUUCAGAGCGACCGGAAACCCCAACAAACCCGCUAUCUACCGUCCCAUUUGCGCGUGACCGGCACUUUGUCAGCCGCGACGCACUACUUCGUCAAAUUCGCGAGGAGAGCUUAGUCUCGGGGUCAAGAAUAGCACUUAUUGGUCUCGGCGGUGUUGGGAAAUCGCAGCUUGCUAUCGAAUACUCUUACGAGGUCCGAUCCCAAUCACCAACAACAUGGGUUUUCUGGGUGCAUGCGAGUAACCAAGCCCGGUUCGAGCAAAGUUUCCGGGAUAUCGCGGACCAGGUCAAAAUCAGGGGUCGUCAGGAUCCCGAAGUGAAUAUAUUCAAACUCGUCGAGAACUGGCUCCAGGAUGAAAAGAGGAAAUGGGUCUGCAUCCUUGAUAACGUCGAUGACGAUCAGCUUCUUCGCUCGUUUACGGCACCAGAGAAGGGAGAUUCAACGAGAAGCCAAACGAACGCCGCGAAGCCACUAUUGGAAUACAUUCCUAGAAGCCCAAAUGGAUACGUUAUUAUCACGAGUAGGUCUAGAGAGGUUGCGUUGAAGAUGGUCGACCACAAGGGCCUUAUCGAGGUUGAACCCAUGGAAAACUCCGAAUCACUAGAGCUUCUCCGACGAACGCUUGAACUACCAACUGAAAACCAAGCAUGUCAACAGUUAGUUAACGCAUUGGAGUUUAUGCCGCUAGCGAUUGUACAGGCCGCUAGCUACAUUCGAAAUCGCGCACCUCGCUAUUCGGUGUCACAGUACCUAAAGGACUUCCAAAAGAAUGACCGUGAAGCGAUAAAGCUCCUCAAAAAAGAAGCAGGGCACACUCACCGGGACUGGGAAGCAAAGAAUUCAAUUUUGGUGACUUGGCAAAUGUCAUUCGAUUAUAUACGCCAAAGAUAUCCAUCUGCAGCGGACCUACUAUCGCUUAUGAGCUUUUUCGAUCGGCAAGGCAUACCGGAGAGCCUCAUUCGACAUCAACCUGCGUCCUCGGAGCUUCAAAGUGACUCUAGUGACGGGGAUACAUCUGAAUCUGAUACUAGCCCUGAUUUUGAAGAUGAUGUCAUAACACUAAGGGAUUAUUCAUUCAUAUCUAUCAGUGAGGACACCACUUCCUUUACAAUGCAUCGACUUGUGCAACUCACUACGCGCGCGUGGUUGAAAUCUCAUGGACAACUGGACCAAUGGAAGGAUAAAUUCAUUAGCACCCUCUACGACGAGUUUCCUUCCACCGGAGAAUACGAAAAUUGGGAGAGAUGCAGGCCACUCUUUCCUCACGUCAAAUCCGCAAUGUCACAACGGCCAACCUCACCUGAGUACCAAGAGCAGUGGGCUACGUUACUUUACAGAGGUGCAUGGUAUGCGUCAGAAAUCGGUAAUCUCAUGGAUACAAGAGAAAUGGCAUUAAAAUCAAGAGAUCAAAGGAUGAUUCUAUUGAGUGAUAAACAUGAAGAUGUCAUUGAUAGCACAACUCUGUUGGCAAACGCAUACUGGCUUGAAGGCCGGUGGGAGGAGGCUAAGCAGAUCGAGGUGCAGAUGGUGGAGACGAGCAAGGCGCAUUUCGGCGAGGACCAUCCCUACACGUUAACGUGUAUGGCCAAUCUAGCGUUGACCUUUCGAGACCAGGGCCGGUGGGAAGAGGCCGAGCAGCUUCAAGUGCAAGCGGUGAAGAGCCGUAAGACGACGCUCGGUAUGGAUCAUCCCGACACACUGUCAGGUAUAGCCAACCUAGCGGCGAUAUACGGGAGCCAGGGCCGGUGGGAAGAGGCCGAGCAGCUUAUGGUGCAGGUGAUGGAGACUUAUAAGACUAAGCUCGGCAAUGAUCACCCCGAUACGCUUUUAAGUAUAGGCAACUUGGCGGCGAUAUACGGGGACCAGGGCCGGUGGGAGGAGGCUGAGCAGCUCGAGGUGCAGGUGAUGGAGACUCGUAGAACGAAUCUCGGCGAGAAGCAUCCUGACACGAUUUUAAGUAUGGCCAACUUAGCGGUGACAUACGGGGACCAGGGUCGGUGGGAGGAGGCUGAGCAGCUCGAGGUGCAGGUGAUGGAGACUCGUAAAAUGAAUCUCGGCGAGGAUCAUCCCGACACGUUAACGAGUAUUGGUCGCCUCGCGACGGUAUACUGGAGUCAGGACCGGUGGGAGGAGGCCGAACCGCUCGAGAUACAGGUGAUGGAGACUCGUAAGACGAAGCUCGGCGAGAAUCAUCCCGACACGCUUUCAAGUAUGGCUAACCUCGCUUCCACCUGGAAAUGCUUAGGUCACGAAGCCAACGCCAUCAACUUGCUACGAACCUGCGUUGCCAGGCAGAAACAGACAAUAGGCCUAGACCAUCCGGACACUGUAUCUAGUUCUAAAAGAUUGCUCAAUUGGGAAACGGAGGAUCUAAAUAUGAGUCUAAGUCAGCUUGAUGCUUGA